CACACACACACAUGUGGAAUUAUCAUUAACUAAAAGCCCAUUUGCUUUAGACUUACGUAAAGUGUUAUAAAUAUAAGUAUGUUAUAAAAAUUAAAUAUAUUAAAUUAUAAAGAAUUGUAUAUUUGCAAUAAGUUUCUACACUGCCAAACAUGAGUAACUCUGCAAAUUUUAAGAAACACAAUACUCACUAUCAACCAGAUGUUCACAUAAUGGGUUGCGUCGAACGAACACAGGGAGAUGGCAUGGAAAAUGUGACAGCAGACAAGAUUGAGAGUAAGCAAAGCCGAAGUCGUCUAGGGGACACUCUCAUUUAUCAUCCUACAAAUCUGAAACAAUUAAGAUCAACACCUCCAGUCACUCCUACCGGUACAAUAGUAAAUUUAGUGCCAAAGAAUAUUGAUAAUAUAAAACAAGAGAAGCGUAUUUUGCAUUCUUUAAAGUCAAAAGAACCAAAGUUUGUACCAUAUGAGCCUUACAAGGCAGCUGUUAAUCCAAUAGUACCAUUUGAAAAAAAGAAGAAAUUAUCUAAGAAUGAAUCUCGCAUGAACGCUACUAUUACACAGAUUGCUACAAUGAAAAUCCAAAAUAAUGAUAUGAGAUUAAAAGAUUGUGCAAAGGAAAAUAAGGAGAAAAUAUUGGAAAAUGAGUGGGACAGUGAGAAACAAAUGUAUGAAGCUGAAAUUCGCAAACUGAAGGAAGAAAAUAGUCAACUUGAAACUCAAUUGAAAUUUCAAGCACAGGUCAAUGGUGAAUUAAAGAACUUGUUGGUUGCUGCGGUAGGGGAGGAUCUGGAAACAAGAGUUCAUCUUUUAACCGAGGACAAAUUGCAACUUGCCAGAGCCUUACUGAGUUCAGCACAACAUUUAUCUACGCAUCAAGAACAAACAGAAUGGUUGGCAGGCCAGUGUGAAGUUUGGAGAAGUAAAUUUCUAGCUAGUAGCUUAAUGGUGGAAGAUUUGGCAAGAUGGAAGGCAGCACUUUGUCAAAGAGCAACAGAACUGCAGGAAACUAUAAAACGAUUGUUAGAAGAACAUAAUAUUAUUCGUGAUACCUCCCUUAAAACAUACAAAAUGCUUACAAUUCUACGAGAGAAAUUUGAUCCUAUAGGGACAUCUAGCAAGAAACAUGAAUUAGCGAGUACUAAUAUCAUAGAUCUGGCACAAGGAUGUUGUCAACUCACAGAAAUUCUAAAAGUCAGUCUUCUCAGCGGUAUUCCAGAUUCAGAAUUACGGAAGGAAAUUAAUAUAAUUGGUUUAGAUAUGAAAACACUUGCAGAAAAUAACGCGGAAAAGUUGCUAAUGAAUCAAAAAUUACCCAUGACUGGGAGAGAAGAUAUUGCCUGUUCCGCGGUGAUGGGAGCGGCGGUUGCAGUUGGCGGGCAAAUGUUUCUUCCACAAUGUGACACCAAUAACAUGACAUGUUGUCCGCAUUGCAGUGGCGAGAUUAAACAGAUUUAAAAAUGAUUCCACUUUUAUAUCUUCCAUCUGACAUUUUUUACACUAGAUAUAUAGAAUAUUUGCUGAUUCUUUUGUU